AUGGAAAAAUCAGGUAAGGCAUCUGCUGCAGAUAAGGUGUCUAACAACAGUAUAAAGGACAAUGGUUUAAGGAAAGGUCCAUUUAGAGAAUACUUCCCAAUCGACUACAAUGAUAUUAAAGGUACUGGUAAAUUUUUACCAUAUUAUCUAGAUUUUAUUAUUGGAUUAUUCAUUAGUGGGUUUUAUUUUUAUAGGUCAUAUCCACAAUUGAAUUAUCAAUCUCAGGAGAUUUUAGAAUCAGAGAAUCAAAUACUGUUAGCGAUAAGACAUUACAAGAAUGGCGAAUUUUACUUAGGUCCUUAUGCACCAUUUGGAAUUCAAUUAUUUUCAUUAUUACCAAAUGAUAUAUCAGUAUUGAGGGUUGCUUCUCUUUCCAUUGGUGCUUCAACGGUUUUUUUCAGUUAUUUAGGAGCAAGAAGGGCAAAUAUGACUAGUUUGGUAUCGAUUAUAUUUUCAUUAUCACUUACCUAUAUGUCUAUUUUCAAAGUUCAAUCAACUCAAUUGUCAAUCGACAAUUUGUUCUGGUUAUAUUUGACUAUGAUUAUCUAUUCUUGGAGAAGUAUCAAAAUUUAUAACCCAUUUUCUACCAAAUGGUAUUUACAUUAUGUUCUUCUAUCAUUUUCAUUGGGCUCAAUAAUAUCAACGAAAUUUUUAGGGUUUUUCACUCUGCUUUGGAUCAUAUCAUUAUCUGCCUUAAAUUUCUGGAAUAUAAUUUCUGACGUUACUUUGAACAAUAAAUUCUUGAUCAAGUAUCUAUUAUUUUGCUCCACAAUGGUUUUGAUAAUACCAGUUACAUUUUUUGUUGGAUCGGAAUCAAUGCUGCUAACAAGUUGGAAAAAUGAUAACAUCGAAUACUCAACUUACAUGUCACCAGAAUUCAAAUCCUAUUUAAGAGGACCAUUUAAAGUUACCGAGAAUCUUCAUUUCGGCUCUGUUAUUACAUUGCGUCAUGUAGAAUCUAUGGGAGGAUAUUUGCAUUCACACAAUUUCAAUUAUGAAUCUGGAUCAGGUGAACAACAAGUAUCCUUAUCACAGAAUGAAACUGAUAAACAAAAUGAAUGGAUAAUUGAACACGAAUCUGCAGGUUUUGAUGUAUCUAGCCGCAAUGUCGUAAUAGAAAAUGGUAGCAAGAUCAGACUGAGACACAAGAGUUCUGGUAAAUUAUUACGUGCUUCAACUGCGAAACCACCUGUCAGUGAACAAGAUUAUACUAAUGAAGUUUCAUGUACUCGUGAUGAGGAUUAUAAGGGAGAGACCGAUGAAUUAUGGACUAUUCAUAUCACUAAUUAUCAGACAGAUGGGAAAGUUAAGCCAUUGGGGUCAAUUAUAAAAAUUAGAAAUGUAGGCCAUGCCUGCGAUUUGAUCAGCCAUGAUACUCGCUUACCUAGUGAAAAAUUCACUGAACAGGAAGUACUAUGUUUAGAUCCAGCAACACAAUCUAGAACCCACUUCAGAAUUGAGAAGGUAUCUCAGCCAAAUAGAGAGGGUACCAAAAUGGUGUUUUUUCCAGAUGAGAAUAGUAUGAACAUGCCAUACUAUAUUCAUUUAUUAACAGAGUACUUGUCCAAACAAUAUAAAUAUAAUUAUUAUGUGGUAAACUAUAAUCAAAAAGCAGAAUACACCCCAGAAAGCUGGCCAUUUUUCGUUUUUGACAAGAAAUUCGAGUCAUACAUCUGGUUAUCAUCCACUUUAGGUCUUGGGUUAUUUGUUUGCGGUCAAUUGAUUUCAUUUUUAAGAUGGAACCCAUACGAAUCUGGUGACAUAUCUGUGCAACAAAAUUCAGAUCCAAUAUUUGCUGAAAUUUGUUAUGAAUACCUAUUGGGUUGGAUUUUACAUUACUAUCCGUUCAAUAAAAGUGUAGUAAUGAACUUAGAUAUUAUCCUUUAUUUCCCAGGAUUUUAUUUUGGAUUACUUCUGUUAGCAAAAUAUAUGGAUGGAAUUUACAAAUGGAACAGAUUAUCAAUUCUAGUCCCUGUAGCAUAUGUUGUAUACAUACACUUUUACUGA